CCCAUCAUCCGUCGACCAUGGGUGCAAAAUUCAGCAAACCUACAUCUAACCCACUGAGAAACGUGUUUUCCUGUUUCAAAUGUGGCCAAUCCAGGCAACCAUCCUUUUAUCAUAAUAUAUCCCCCCAACCGAGCAUCUUUGCUACACUAAAGAGGCGCAAUGUCCCCAGGCCCAACGAGUUCAUACAUCUUUUCAGCAACUGCAUCUCUGCUGCUACAGCCAGAACCCAAGAGUACCUCACCUUCAAGGAUCCAGAGGGCAAGUUACGCCCGAGUCCUGAGGUGCUCACUCAGGUCUUCCUGAUGACCUACAUCACUCGGAGUGUUGAGGUCAACCUGCAGGAUACCCUUAACUGCACAGUCAUGACUCCUGAGCAGCGCGUCCUCCUGGGUGCUGACUGGGUUUGGGCAGUGCUGGAGAGGCCGACCAAGAACCCCAAGUUCCAGAUUGUCGUGCAGGUCCUGCACCUGUCUGAAAGGGAGGAGGCUGAGCAGAAGGUCUCUAUGGACACCUGCAGUGAAUCCAUCCAGAUGGCCCAGAUGGAGUCCAGCAACAAUAACAUGUACGAGAGAAUGGUGAACUUCUGCACCUCCAUCGGCAAGGACUGCUACGCUCUCUUCUUGUUUUUUGGGAAAAAAACCGACAAGGUGAAUAUCUACGGCGUCCUCAGCAAUAAUUUUGAGGCGGCCAAAGGAAAAUGCAGGAUCGACAGAGCUCUGAUCGAGAACUUCUUUAAAGGUUUGAGGUAUCUCCAUACGCCUUUAGGAAUGAUGCAGGCAAUUAUGACCAAAAAUAAAGGUGAACCCAUCACUGUCAUGAUUAAAUUCAGCUGAAUCACAGUAAGACGAGCACGCUGAGCAACGUAGUUAUGUUGUAUCAAAGAGGUCAAAGGUCACAACACUACAAAAACAGGUCUGCAUUCUAUAAAUAUAUCAGACUCUUAUAUAUGAUAUAUAAAAAAAGAAUUAUAUCAUAAACAUAUAAGAAAUUGAAACAGAAAUACUCAGACCAGCCCUUCUGACACCAACAACUACGCCGCUCUUCCCCAUUCUGAUGCUCGGUUUGAACUUCAGCAGGUUGUCUUCACCAUGU